UAUUUCUCGGUGGUCUUUCUUUGACAGUUCAACAAUUGGGUUAGAAAAGUUUACAAACAUUGGCGUUCUACGUUUAAGGCCCUUUUCAUUUCCAAAUAAAACCAGCUUAAAUAAAAGAUAACCUUUAAACUAUGUACUUGGCUUGUAUAAUUAACUGCCCUGCUAUCAGGGCUUUUGGAAAACAUUGUAGACCGCUAUCAAACAUAAUGACUGGACUAACUGAACUAUCGAGAAACAAAUCCUUUGGCGGGUGGCAAACAGUCUUUAGCCAUGAAUCCAAAGUACUCGGCUGUACGAUGAAAUGUGGCGUUUAUUUGCCCCCGACAGAAAAUGACACUGAGAAUCUGCCCGUAAUCUACUGGCUUUCUGGUCUCACAUGUUCAGAGGCAAACUUUAUUGAAAAAGCUGGCGCUCAAAGAUACGCAGCUGAACAUAAAGUAAUCAUCGUCAAUCCAGACACUUCACCUAGAGGCUUGAACAUUCCAGGCGACUCUGACUCCUGGGAUUUUGGAGUUGCCGCAGGCUUCUACUUAAACGCCACGCAAGAUCCGUGGAAAAACAACUACAAAAUGUAUGAUUAUAUUAUCAAGGAACUCUUGGACUUAGUGAACUCGAAUUUCAACACUCAAGCUGGAAACCAGUCAAUAAUGGGCCACAGUAUGGGCGGUCAUGGAGCGUUGGUACUUUCCCUUAAAAAUCCUGGGCUGUUUAAGUCAGUGUCGGCGUUUGCCCCGAUUUGCAACCCUUCUAUUUGCCCUUGGGGUAUUAAGGCGUUUAGUGGAUAUCUGGGCCCGAAGGAAACUGGCCAAUGGGAGGAGUGGGAUGCCACCGAAUUGGUCAAGAAAUACAAAGGGCCUCCUUUGGAGCUGUUCAUUGAUCAGGGACUGAAUGACAAUUUUUAUCCUGCCCAACUAAAUCCCAAAAACCUAGUGGAGGCUUCCAAAGGCGCGGGGGUGCCGGUAAUCUUUAAAGAAAGAGAAUCUUACAAUCACAGCUAUUUCUACAUAGCGUCAUUUAUUGGGGAGCAUAUCGGCUAUCAUGCCCAGCAUUUGAAAUAACUCUCAUGCACUUGAAUCCUUCUUACGCUUGCACUGUUUGAUUUUAAAGUAAAUAUUUAAUAUCAAUAAUUAUAAACAAUAUUCUUUACACACAAUAAAUAUUGUUGCUUGUUCCAA